UGAAUAUAAAUAUUGUUCGAUAGACAGCUUCAGUCUGUUCAUUAUUCCAAAUUUGAUCUAACACAAAGCAGUCAAAUUAAUUAAACCAAAUUAUUUACUCCCGUUAACAGUUAGAAAAAAAUCGCGGUAUUAGCUAAUAAGCUCUACGGACUUCUGGGCGUUUCCAUGGUGACAUCAGCAGGCUGCCUGGAGCUGACUGACACGUACUGGUGUGUUAACUAAUUUUAGGAGUGAGUCGGAAAAGCUGCCGAAGUAUAGAGGGAGAUCUCAGUUCCUGAUUUCACCAUGAAUGUCUUUGACCGCAACAUCAACACUGACGCUCUCUUCAGCUUCUCCCAGAUAUCCCACUCCACCCAGGUCCACUUGAAGAAUGUCUACUCUAGUUUGGCACUUUGUAUGUUCACGGCUGCAGCUGGCUCAUACGUUCAUGUUGUCACACGCCUCUUUCAGGGUGGAGUGCUCUCUGUGCUUGGAUCACUGGGAAUGAUGUUCUGGCUCGCCAUGACACCCCACAACCCUGAAACCGUGAAGAAGAGAUUGGCUAUCCUCGCAGCAUUUGCCUUCCUCACAGGUGUCGGCCUCGGCCCCACUCUGGACUUUGUCAUCGCUGUAAAUCCAAGCAUCAUUGUCACCGCGUUCCUGGGAACCGCUAUGAUUUUCAUCUGCUUCACGCUUAGCGCCCUCUAUGCUAAACGCAGGACCUACCUCUUCCUUGGAGGCACACUGAUGUCUGGCCUUUCCCUCUUGUUCCUGAUGUCUGUGAUGAACAUUUUCUUCGGAUCUCUGAUGCUGUUCAAGGCACACAUGUACCUGGGGCUGCUCAUUAUGUGCGGCUUUGUCCUCUUCGACACUCAGCUCAUCAUUGAGAAAGCAGAAAAUGGAGACAAGGACUACGUCUGGCACUGCGUGGACUUAUUCCUGGAUUUCAUCACCAUCUUCAGGAAACUGAUGAUCAUCCUCGCCAUGAAUGACAAGGACAAGAAGAAGGGAAAAAAGUAGAGAACAUUUGAAUUGCAGAGAAAAAAAAAAAAACAAAAAAAAAAACAAUCAGGCAGAAAAGGCACAAUUUGCGCUGCACUUGGUGCUUUUCACCUCUGUCUUCUUUUCUCAAACAAUUUUUAAUGUGGUCUUAUGUUAAUGGGUUUAGUUUGAGUUGAAUGUGAGUGUGCGGAUCAGCUGUCGGGUCUGGGCUCAGAUGGAGAACAUGGCAGCGCUGCAGUGAGUGUACUCGACCUAUAGAGGGCAGCACUGCCAAAUGAAGACUCCAAGAAGCUGAGCAGUGCUUCGUCAUCAUCAUCAUCAUUACCUGUUACUGUUAACUUCGUGCCAUAAAUUAACAGCACAUUAACGGGUCUCAUAAGCUCAUGAAACCGAUAAUUGAUUGAUGUCAUUUGUUGAUUUGCUUAUUUUUAGUUUUUCUUCAGUAGAAUGUCAGAUUUUCUAAUUUUGUUGAUAGAUUCUCUUUCUGUUCCCUGAAAUCUCCUUUUGAGUGAGAAACGUGAAGCUUCUCAGAUUCGUGACUGAAUUCAUUCAGAUGGAAAGUCAGGAGGGGGUGCCAUCUGUUGUUUUCUUCUCCCACCUUAACCUUGAUAAUAGAAACCUGCGACCCAUCUAGGCCACUCUUGUAAAUUUCUCUAGAUUCUGCUGUGUAAACAUUAGUUUGCCAAAUUAUUUGACAUGAACCCAAUGAUUUAGCAUCUCUGUUUUGGGUUUUUUUUGGAGGGGGGGGCAGUGUAUACUGUGAAGAAUUUAUUUUAUUGAUGUAAAAUUAAAACUAAUAAUUUGAUACAACUGCUCAAAUAAAUGUGUUGAACGUA